CCUCUUUAAAAUGGUAUAACAUGACAUCAUGUUUAUUCCGAGAAAUUUCCAUUUGCAAAUUGCAAGUGCAACCUGUGAAGUACGUCGUGAAAGUUGCUGUUAUUUUUGACAUUUAUUGGUAAAUUGAUAACAACAUAUCUCCAUUGAAGUUAUUCAGAUUCUCGCAUUGUGAAAUCAGUUUCCAACAUGCCUCUAGCCAACGAGUACGCCCUGCCCAGCAUGGAUGACUGCGACCCAGAGCAGUAUGUCAUCUGCCCCUACGACAAAGUACACCGGAUUCUGGCCAAGCGCUACCCAUACCACAUCAUGAAAUGUAGAAAGAACCACAGGGGUGCCAAGAAGCACUUCUGCCCCUUCAACGCCAGGCACAUCAUUCCCGUGUCUGAGCUGCGUCACCACGUGGCUAACUGCCCGGACAGGAGCACCAUCGAACCCGACCUGGCCUAUGCCCAGACGCAGCAUGGCACAGACGGAAGCUACCUGAAGGGGGACACAUCCGUCCCCAGCUACCGCCAUGACUGUCACCCUACCUCAUCUGAAAACUGGGACAUAGAAGAGAGUGAACCCCGCAAAGCACACUACCAGGAUGAGGACCCAGAGAGAAUCCAUUCCUUAGUUGGAAUGACCAAGGCUCAGAAGAAGGAGUUCAACCGCAAACUGCUUGAGGUUCAUAAGAACAGUGCUGACUUAAACAUCGAUGACGAGGAACCGAUGGAGCCUGAACCUCCAAGGGAUGACAUGAGACGUCCAAAGCAGCUACCCAGAGCAGUGGCUGGCAUUGAACCGAGACAAAUGCCACAACAAAACGGGGGCAUGCUCCCCAUUAGACAGCGGGUCCCACAUGGACCCAUUGGAAUGGGAAGAGCAGUGCUCAUGCCAGGCCAGAACUCUAUGCCGAGACCGGGAACAAGUACAACUGUACAGGGCCGUUCCAUCGCUGCCAACAUCUUCCACUCGCGGGACACAGAUGAGGAGUCAUCUGCUGCAGAUGUGCAAGAGACGGGGUCCAGACGUCCUGUCACUGUUGCCAUGGCCGCAGCAAGCACCGCCCCCUCUGCCCCACCCUCCACUGUAUCCCAGAAUGAGUACAGCAACGUGCCCCUGCCAGGUCGUGGGCCCAACCUGGCGGGGCUAGGCAGGGGGCUCGGGGUGCCCCGCGGUGGGUACAGGCCUGGGCUAGGGAUGCCUGCUGUGGGAUUGAACCACGCACCGGGCUACCCAGGCAUGCAACAGUGACGUCGGUUCCCCGACGAUAAGAACAAAAACUGGCUUUAGCAGGAGCUGAUUUUUGUUCUUACUUGAAGAUUUUCUCAGAGCAACACUAAACAGAAUGUCGGUGGACGGAGGAGAGACAAGAAUGAGAGUUUGAAGCGAGAUUAAGAAUGGUUAGGAAGAGGAUGAUCCAAAAAUUGUUGGGAAAAAAGCCAAGCGGGCAAUUCCUUGAAACGUCACAGGAUCGUUUGAAUUCUGUUUGUUGUUUUUGCUAAACCUUUGCAAUACCUUGUAAAAAGGAGAAAAUGAGAUCUGAAGUGAGAUUUCAAGAAAAGUGGGAAUAAAAAAAGCCCAAGUUAUUUUUGAAGCAGGUGUAUAGUGACCCUGGGUUGCAGAAUUUUUUUCUGAAGGUUUUGGUUGACUUGAGAAAUUUUCAUUUUACAGCCAAACUCGCGACAUUUUCUAUUAACAGUUUAGUAAUCACUCCCUUAAUUAAGAAAAAAAAUAGAGCUUUUCAGAAUUUUUUUUUUUCAUCCAUGGUAAAAAUUUUUAUUUGAAAGGAUUUUUUUUCUACUAAAUAUACCUAAUCAUCGGUUAAUGAGGCAGUAUUACUUAGUUUUAAGUCAUAUGUUAUGUUGUCUUGUUACGUAUGUGCACAAGUUGAUUUUGUCACGUUUUGUUUUGUGUUACUUUAGCCAGUAGUUAAAAAGUAUCCUAU